AGACUUCACACUGCCACAAGUCUGGUGAAACAUUCUGUUCCUGCCCUGCUCCGACCAGCAGGUGGCAGAAGGAGACAGGACUCGUUUUUCCUCUGUGACCUUGCCCUGCAGUCACAGGGUCAAACAACCUCCCACUCUGCUCAGAACAAAAACACAGACUCAUGCACACAGAGUUACGCUGCCUGCUUCUGUCUCACACGCUGUUAGGACAACGUAAAGACAAAUAAAGUAGAGCUGAAAAACUAGGACGCAGCAGCAGCAGUAGUGGAGCCAAGGGAAACCACCAGUUUAUUCUCCUAAACAAGGUUUUAUAUGGGCGGUAGUGAGCAAUGACGCGUCAGAUGUCUGCGUUUACUCAGAGACAACACACUGUCACUGUGUUGAGCUCAGGCAGGAAGCUGUGAUCACUGGAUAGAUUAUCAGGCAGUGGCAGGUAUUGUUAUCACCGGCUUUGAGGACAUUUUAGUGAAGAGCAGAGAAGACAUAGCUGUGGACAUCGAUGGAGACUAUGGUGUGUCCGAUGGGUGGAGGAGCCACCAGGCUGUACAGCGCCCUGACUCACGCCCUCAGCAGCAGCUCUCCUCCCCCACUCCCUCCCUCCCACCCGGACCCCCAACAGCCUGCGAACACAAACCUGGAUCCAGACUUCUGCCCGGAGCAGAGGGGGUCCCCUGUAUGUCCCCCUGAUCCAGUGGAGCUGCUCCGACAGUGUGAGGAGGCCCUCAGGGACCGACCACCUCGCCUCCACAGGAAGUUUAUUAACCUUAAUAAUGGAGACAGCGCCCCCAGCAGCCCCAUUAGGGUGAUGCAGUGGAAUAUACUGGCACAAGCUCUGGGUGAAGGACUAGACAGUUUUGUCCAGUGUCCCCUGGAGGCCCUCAGCUGGUCCCGCAGGAAAUACCUCAUCUUAGAGGAGAUCCUCACCUACCGACCUCAUAUCCUGUGUCUGCAGGAAGUCGAUCACUACUACGACACCUUCCAGCCGGUUCUGGCCGGCCUAGGUUACAGCAGCAGCUUCUGCCCCAAACCAUGGUCGCCCUGUUUGGAUGUGGAGGGCAACAACGGCCCGGAUGGCUGCGCACUGUUCUUUGAUCAGUCGCGAUUCGAGCUGCUGGACAGCAUGAACAUACGCCUCUCUGCCUUGAGGAUCCCAACCAAUCAGGUUGCUGUAGUGACGAUGCUUCGUUGUCGGAGCACGGCGAGAUGCGCGUGCGUGGCAGUGACCCACCUGAAAGCCCGCGCUGGCUGGGAGUGGCUGCGCAGUGCUCAGGGCUCCGACCUCCUGCGACACCUCCAGAAUCUGGUCCAGAAACACGCCGGCGGUCCCACGGGUGACCUCAGCUCUGACAUUCCUCUGCUCAUAUGUGGCGACUUCAACGCAGUCCCAACUGAGGAGGUGUACCGGCGCUUUAUCACAUCACCUCUCAGUUUGGACUCGGCCUAUAAGAAACUCAGCAAAGACGGUUUGUCAGAGCCAGAGUACACGACGUGGAAGAUCCGGCCGACGGGGGAAUGUUGUAGCACUCUGGACUACAUCUGGUACAGUCGGGACACACUGAGAGUGGACGCUGUGUUGGACAUGCCCACUGAGGAACAGAUUGGACCAAAUAGGCUUCCAUCCUUUAGUUAUCCGUCUGACCAUCUCUCUCUGGUUUGUGACUUCAGCUUUAAGGAGGAAGAGUGAGAGCGAAGUGAUGAUUCUGCUCAUGAGAAGGGACGACGAGUCAAGACUGGCUCCUGGUGGUUUUGCUCCACAAGCAGGCGCACGUGAGACGCCACGUGUAAGUGAAACGAUGAGGAUGAAGACAGGAGGCCGAGAAAUCAGAGUGGGAAGCGGAAAAAGUCGGAGAUUGUAAUGACAGUGAAGUUGCACAUUGUAACGCUGCAGUGAUGCUGCCAUCUCCCGAAACUGUGACACUGUGAAACUGUUCUCCACAGCAGCUCACUCACAGUGAAAGUGAUGAGUAGGAGUUUUUUUCUUUUGUUCAAAUCAAACUGUAGUAAACGUGUUACACUCUGCUCAUGUGCUACAGAGUUGAUGAGAAUAAAGUAUUUCUGCUGUGG